AUGCCAGCCGUCAAGCUCCUCAUCAUUCCAAGAAUCGCCAAACGGGUGAAGCGGGUGACUGCUCUUGCCUCUGUACUUGCAAUCUCCUCGAGUAUGGUACGAGGUCACACGAUCCGCUUGCGGAGUCUGGAGUCAACGUCACCAUUACCAUCAGGCUUAUCGUUCGCUUUCGAUGGCACCAACUCGGACAUCGCCCAGCAGCUCUACGUUCGACACAAGGCUGGAGACACCGACAUUAAAGUCUCACUUAGCUCGGUUCCAACGGGUGUAGCCAACCGCCUGGCAGAUCUCAACAUCCGGUUCAGUGAUUUACCUGGACUCGUCCAACGCGCAGUGCUCUGGGAUACAGGCUUCGCUCUCUCUCCGUCCAAUGAAGCAGUUCAAAUCUGGACGAUGGAUGACUACACUAUGGCAAAUAUCGCAGUCCCGAAAGAAGAAGUCAGUGGAGAGGGAUGCACGUUCAAGAACUGUACGCAACCGAACAAUGCGUUGGCUUACUACACUUUAAUAUGCUCUGGAGCUCAGAUGGUCAACGUGUCGAGGUGUGUCGCUGAUACGUUCGUGGACUCGGCUGCUACCAGCUACUUGGGCUCAAUGUGGUCGGUGGGUGGAGACCUGGACAUGAUCCCGUACAUUCGACUUCGAGAUCACUCGUGGGUGGACCCCGUGACUGAAGUUUCCUAUAGUGUCUACGCUGUCCACACCACUUCGGUGGCUGACGAUCCAGCUUGGAACGUUUGUCCUGCAGACAAUGGCUACGGGGCGGUAACAGUGCCAUGCCAUAGGAGAGACGAGUUUACAGACCAAGAGAUGGAAGCUAUGAACACACCGACUGGAAGCGCAUGGGUGGCAAAGUGGCUGGAAGAAGAAUUUGCUCAAGGUUCUGGUUUUGAUACACUGCUGUUGAUUCCCAUCAUCUCGGGGGCUGUAGUCUUCGUCGCAGUGAUUGGUGUCGGCCGGUUCUACUGGAAACGGAAGGAAGAGCACAAGAUUGACGAGACGGUGUCCACCACGUGUGACCUGGCUACAGUCUCGCCGCAAUAUAUGAGUGGAAGUACCGUACCAUUGCCGAAAUACACGUCUGGCACACCCGAUCCUGCUCUUCGACCCACAGUCAUGACGACGCAGGGAUCGUUCCUCUCAACGUACGAGAGUGCUGGGUCCUGUAGAACGCUAAAGAUUCUGCUUCGUAGUCAGCAUCUAACGGAGAAGCGGAUGCCUUACGAGAGUAUCGCAUACCAACAAGCUCUAUCCAAGGGCUCGUCAGGAGAAGUGUGGCUGUGCGAACACAACGGACAGCAAGUUGCCAUCAAGAGAUUACUGCAGAACAAACAGCAAAAGGCUGAAAACGUCCAAGCGUUUGCUGAAGAGAUCGAGCUGACUGCUAGUCUGGAUCACCCUCAUGUUGUCAGCUUCAUUGGAGUGGCUUGGAACACCCUCAACAACUUGGUGAUGGUGCUGGAGUACGUUCCUAUGGGGAGUCUGCAGACUUAUCUGGACCAGAACGCAGACUUGUUAUCGUGGGCAAGAGAUAAAAUCCACAUGGCUGUCGGCAUCGCUCAAGCUCUGGACUAUUUACACGGUCACACCCCGUCUCUGAUCCACCGAGACUUAAAGUCGACCAACAUUUUGCUGACUCACAUGUUGGAACCGAAGCUCAUUGACUUUGGAGUGAGUCGUGGGACUGCCGACCUCACCAUGACAGCUGGAGUGGGCACACCAUACUGGACUGCACCGGAGAUCUUGGAAGGCAAGCGAUACACGGAGCAGGCAGACAUUUAUUCCUUCGGCGUCGUUUUGUCAGAGCUGGAUACUGGCAAGAUUCCCUACCACGACGCGUUGACGGGAGCUGGCGGCAGAGUGAAGCCUGUCCAGAUCUUGCAAGACGUCGUGUCGGGGGCGUUGCGGCCGACGUUCUCGAGCGAUUGUCCUCCUCGGAUACUCAGAGUGGGCUCGGCUUGUUUGGCUCAAGAUCCAGCGACGCGUCCGACGGCACAGCAGCUCGUCAGUGAGCUGGUAGGGAAAGAGAAAAGUGGAGGCGCAGAGCACUACGCCUUGUGA